AUGGCAGCCGAAGAAGAGCGUAAGGUGAUCCCAGACAUGCCCCGAGGUCCCCUGUGCACCUACCGCUCGAAGGCAAAGUUUAACUGGAAAGAUUUCCGGCUGGUGCUGGAAAACAAGGAGCUGGUCAAAAUAAAAUACGAUAUAUGGCACCGGUUAGAGUCGGAACCGUUGUUCACUCCCGUCACCUCGACACUAUCGAUCGAUCAGCAGAAGGAACGUGCGGCACGUCAGGUUAACCGGAUCGCCGAUUUGGAGCUGGCACCGGCUGAAAUCUACUCCAAACCGUACAACUACCGCGUGCGUUAUCUAAUGAGCAUCAACGAGGCCCUACACGCCGUAUGUCCAAGUUUGUCGGUGAAGAUAGCACUCGGUGUGGGGUUGUUCACGAACUCACUGCUGGCGAUGGGAACCGAGCGGCAUCAGGACAUCUACAAUAAGGCGUGGAACCGAGAGAUCAUCACUUGUCUCGCGAUCACCGAGGUUUCGCACGGUAGCAACACGAAACGGUGUCGCACUACGGCCACGUACGAUCCAACCACGCAGGAGUUUGUUAUCCACACGCCGGACUUUGAGGCGGCCAAGUGCUGGAUCGGGAACUUGGGCAAAACCGCCUCGAUGGCGUUGCUGUUCGCUAUCCUGUACACGGCUGAUGGCGAAAACCACGGACUGCAGGGGUUCCUGGUGCCGAUCCGGGAUCCGAAAACGCUGCUACCCUAUCCGGGUGUUACGGUGGGCGAUAUCGGUGAGAAGAUCGGGUUGAACGGCAUCGAUAAUGGGUUCGUGAUGUUCAACAACUAUCGCAUACCGCGGGAAAAUCUGCUCAACCGCACAGGGGACGUGACGCCCGAGGGUGUGUACGAGAGCACGUUUAGUGAGCCGGGUAAAAUACUUGGUGCCGUGCUGGAGUCCUUUUCGGCCGGGCGGUUAGGCAUCAUGCAGGAGUCGUCCAACACGCUAUCACACGCGGCUGUCAUCGCGGUGCGUUAUGCCGCACUAAGGAAGCAAUUCGGAACCGACCGUAAUGGGCCGGAACAGUCCAUCAUCGAGUAUCAGUUGCACCAAUGGCGCAUAUUCCCGUAUCUGGCAGCCGCCUGCGUACUUAAAGUGUCCGUGUUCGCGAUGACGGAGAUCUAUCUGGAGACGGUGCAGAAAUCGCAAGCCGAAUCGAACGGGUUCGAGCUGUUGACGCAGAUCGUCUCGGAGAUACACGCGCUGGUGUCCUCGUCGAAACCACUCGUCACGUGGACGGCACGAGACGCGAUCCAGGAGUCACGGGAAGCUUGCGGUGGCCACGGUUACUUGAGGGCGGCAAAUCUGGGCGAGCUGCGCAACAACCACGACCCCAGCUGUACUUACGAGGGCGACAACAAUGUGCUAGGGCAGCAGGCUUCCAACUGGCUCAUCCGCCAGUGGAAAAACGCCAAGGUGGAGAGUCCGGUUGGGACGGCUGCUUUCAUUACGCGCAGGGAUGCGAUCCUGAGCGGUGAUUUUGAGUCCUUGCUGCGUGCGGGGCUUCGCGUCGAAAGCUCGGAGUUUGUCAGUAAAUGCUACGAGUGGCUCAUGUGCUGGUUGCUUCGCGAGAGCGUGAUGAAGAUGGAAAAAGCCAGCAUGGCGGGCGAGGACACGUUUACGGCACGCAAUAACUGUCAGGUUUACCGGGCCAGGGAUCUAAGUCGUGCGUAUGCCGAGUAUUACGCGUUGCAGAGCUUCAGAACACGGUGUGCUCGGGGAGAUGUAAAAGAAGAGCUGUUGCCGGUGCUUUUCCGCGUGUAUCUAGUGUACGGUAUGUGGUGUCUUGAUCGGCAUAUGACCACGUUUUACGCCGGCUCAUUCGCAAAGGGAUCGCAAUUUUCCGAUGCCGUUCGCGGGACGCUACUGCGUGUGUGCGGUGAGCUGAAGGACUCUGCCGUGGCCAUAGCCGAUGCACUGGCCCCACCGGACUGGGUGCUUAACUCGGUGAUCGCGAAAUCCGACGGACGGCUGUACGAAAACAUUCAGUCCGAGUUCAUGACGAACCCGGGAGCAAUGGAACGAGCGUCCUGGUGGAAGGACAUCAUUCCAACGAAGCUCAAAAGCAAGCUGUAAGCGGGCUAUCUGUGAACGCGACGGCGGAGAAUUCAUCACGAUCCAGAUCGUACCAGUCUAAGCCAGUGUGUCCAUGCGGAAGAGUAGCGAAAAGCGUUUUUUUAAUAUACGGGUUUUUCUUUUAGAGUGUUUAUCGUUUGUUGAAACUAUUGGCUAUACCGGCACGUAGGGAACACGAUGCGUUAUUAUCGUUUCCGGUUAACACAAGUAGCAAACACAAUACAGUGCAAUUUAGCGGUGGUAUUCCCAGAGCCAAAAACCCGUCGUCCUCGCGUGCAAAAUCGACGUAAACUUCUCGUACGUAAAUGUUUCCUGUUGACGUGUGUAAUAAUCUAUGUAAUGUGUAUCCGUGUUCGUACAGAUCAGGAGUCCUUUCUCACGACCAAAUGACGUGUGAAAAUAAUCGUUAAGGAUGGUGACGCGCGCCCGUCUCUCGUGUAUGUUUGUUUGUUCUCGUUCGUCCCUCAUCGCUGUCUCGAUUCUUGCACGAACGAUUCUAGUUGUUACCUGCCGGUAACUCCCGGUGCCAGUUUUCUGGCCCAUCGGUUUAAGCAGUCACCGCGUACGGCGAUCAGCAACGCGAACAAUGCAUAAAAAGUGUCCCUUACUGUCCUUGUAUCAUUCGCGGGUUGCCAUCCUUUUGGCGCAAACCGUGCUUCAUUUGCUCCGGUUCGAUGAAAUCUCGUUAUGCCCUCCUAUAAAACGGGUGCACCCCGGGGAUAGGGCCCCACCAAACCAACAGGACAAAUCAAUUUGUGACAAGAAAAUGUGUCUUAUCUUUAUUCCUAUAUAUCUACUAUCGAGUAUAGUCAAAACCAGCCUAGCUAGAGAAAUGUGUGAAAUAGGAAUGUUUUUGAAACCGAAGUGGGUGGAUUGUUGUAAAAAAGAAAAAAGAAAAAGAAUACUACUAGCGUAAGAGAGGAACGGUGCCGUCGUGUGUAACCGUUGCGAGUCCUUGGAUGGAUAUGUGUUUCCGUUGUUCGUCGUUUCCGAAUGCAAUAUAUCUGUCAUCCGUAGGACCAAAACCCAUCCACCCCGGGACGGAAUCGGUGUGUCGUUUACCGGUUUCUUUGUUAACUGUACUUUACUACCUGUUCGCAAGCGUCUUUCUCGAUGUUGUGCAUCUUUUCCAACCGUGUGGUGUUUUUCCGACAAAACCAUCCCACCCGUUCGAUGUAAUGGAGAAAUAAAACGUAUUACAUGUGAUGAUGUAGAUCAACUCCUUUCUAGUGAAUGCUAUCGAGCGAAGUAAGUCAUCGUCGUUGUGUAUAUCGUUGUAGCUAGCUGUUCGAGCAACUAGAGCUAGAUAGAGUAGAAUCAGAUCAAAGAUCAUCGACUGCUAGUACGAUAGAGAGAAAAAUAUGUGCAUAACGCGCACGGCAAAGUACAUCGUUCUUGGAAGGAUGCAUAUCUCUUUUAUGAGGCCACUGGGAAAAGAAAACCGGAGUAAGAUUGCAAAGGUGCCACGGUACGAUAGGAAAUGUUUAUCUACAUGGAAAAAAUAUAUACACUUACUUAUAUAUAUAUACACCCACAACAGUCCUACAUGAAUGGCAACAAUACGAAAGCAUAUAAAUUGUGCGUUCCUUGAACGCUUUUUCAUC